ACGAGGGGACGUGGGAUUAAGAAGAUUAGUAGUCGCAGGUCUGGAAGAGAAAAGCAAGAGAGGCAGUCCUGGCCGGGAGCGGCUGUUCAGCACCGCAGACAUAAGAGAAACUAGGAAGUGGGACCGUGGCCGGAACCGGAACCGGAACCGGAGACGGGGAAAGGCAACAGGCGGCGAUGAUGGUGGCACCCGAUGAAACUCGAAAGGGUCCGUGGACAGAGCAAGAGGAUCUUCAACUGAUGUGCUUCGUGGGCUUGUUCGGUGAUCGUCGAUGGGAUUUCAUAGCCAAAGUUUCAGGUUCGCUGGUGGAGGGGGUCAUGUACUACUACUACUACUACUACUACUACAGCACUAGCUACUACUUUGAAAAAAAAAUAAGCUUAGGUCUGAACAGAACAGGAAAGAGUUGUAGGUUACGAUGGGUUAAUUAUCUUCACCCAGGACUCAAACGUGGAAGGAUGACACCUCAAGAAGAACGCUUAGUGCUUGAACUCCACUCUCAAUGGGGCAAUAGAUGGUCAAGAAUUGCUCGGAGAUUACCUGGCCGAACUGAUAAUGAGAUAAAGAACUAUUGGAGGACACAUAUGAGGAAGAAGGCACAAGAGAGGAAACGAGCUUUAUCGCCGCCUUCGUCGUCGUCAUCUACUAACAGUUUCUCUCCAACCCUAGAUUCUACAUCUGGGGUUUCUUUGCCUGAAAGCCAGAUCAUGGAAGGAAGAAGCUUGCAUGACAAAGGUGUUAUUAGUACUACUGGUGAUUUGGAUGUAAGUGGAGAUAGGAGUGAGGAAGAAGUUGCAAAAGGUUACUCCAUGGAUCAAAUAUGGAAGGACAUAGCCCUUAUGCAAGAAGAUGUGAGCAGUGGACCAGUUUAUGAGGGAGGAUUAAUCUUAUGUCCUCAAACUCCAUCAAUGGCUUCUCCUUCUUGUUGGAACUAUUGUUCAGAUGCACUAUGGAGGAUGGAUGAUCAAGAAGACCUCAAGAUGUGGCUGCCCACCAUUAAUGAUCAUUUUGUUUCCAACUAUGGACAUGGCUUAGAGUGAUGAAUCAAGAUCAGGACCCCCAAAAAAAAAAAAAAAAAAAAUUUACCAUAAAUAGUAUAAACUAGAUCUUUGUCCAUGAUUGUUUAGCAGUUCCUAAGUGAAGUUUAAUCAACUUCCCUACCAUGAAGUUUCACUUCAAGUAACGUAUAAUAUUAUCUGUUCAACUCAUUGAAUUGUCUCUCAUCUCUUAGCAGAGAUGGUGUUUUGAAAGUAAUUGUCAUGGAAAAUAAAACAUAUAUAGCUUUUCCUCUCCAAGUAGGAGAGGCAUGCAAGUACAUGGUUCACUGAGAGUCUAAUCCAGGAUUCUCAUUAUUACAUCCAAGAAAAAGAAAAA